AUGUCUGCAGCCGACUUGGCUAGUAUGCCUGCGGCAACGCCGCCACCUGGCGUCACUGCGAAUUUCGACAAUCCUCCAUCAAAUGCUUACAUUCUUAUAAUUGUGACGACUAUAUGCAUGGUGCUCUUGUAUAUGACUAUGACCAUCAGUCUAUAUGCUAAGAUCAACAUCCGGAAGAAGAUGGCUUUGGAUGAUUGGACUCGAUUAAUUGCGACAUUUGGUACAACAAUAUACUACAUCGCCAGCGUCAUCGCUGUUACCAAAGGCAAAUUCGGUAUUCACAUGUAUGAUCUCACAGCAGCCGAUGCCAUGUGUACUUCCUUCAUCAUCUCGGGGUUCUUCACAAAUUGGUUAACCGCACUGGUAUGGCCAUUCGCCAAGUCAUCCUUCUUCCUCAUGUACCUUGAGAUGUUCCGCACCGUACGCUGGCAGCGAUAUGCCAAUUAUAUUGGGCUAUUCGUAACCUGGGGCUUCUACACUGCUGUCUUGGUGGCGACUCUAUCCUUUACAAGCCCAGCGCCCGGCGAAACAUGGCAAAAAUCUUUGACCUCCGCACGCUACGCCAAAAUGGAGGCUUGGAUCAUGCCUAUCGCUUCAAUUAAUCUCGUCAUUGACGUCUAUAUCCUUGUUCUGCCUAUUCUUCCGAUCCUGGGUCUGAGAUUGAGUACCAAGAAAAAGUUGGGGGUGCUUGCAAUCUUUGCUACCGGUUUACUUGCUUGUGUCGCCUCCUCACUGAGUAUCUAUUUCAAAAUGGUCUUGGAUUGGCAUUAUACCGACUACAGCUACUAUACUACCCCUGUUUUGAUAAUGUGUCUAGUGGAAAUGUGUGUUGGUGUCACGGCCAGCGCGAUGCCAUCGAUGGCGCUAUUCUUCCGACAUAAAGGCGGCAAGGUGACGCGGGUGUUCUCCCGGUUCACGCGAUCAUCUCAGUCUCGGUCAUCUCAAAAUAUGAAUGCAAAGCGGGUCGAGUCAGCGGGUGAUUCUGUCGACUCUGACCAGUGGCCCCUUAAGGAUGUUAGCUCCUCCAAGAGCCACUACGACGGCACGGACGACAACAACCAUCUCAACUCAGUUCAGACAUUUAUUCAAGCUGCUACUCCAACCAGCCAGGUGGACCGUGACGGUGCAAUUUGCCUGCAAUAUGCGUUCAAUCAGGGCUAUGAACAGCGCGGGAAAUCAGAUCCUGCGAACCAGGUCUAG